CCCAUUCUAAGUUUCAUUCUACAAGUAAUCAAACCAAAUAAUGUCUCUCCAAAUCCUCCAUGUCUGUUGUGGCGCCACAUCCUUCCCUUGCAGCAGUUCCAAUACACUCCGGCGGAUCGCCUCCUUCCAACACCAUGGCGAUCAUGCACGCCUCUCUCUGCGCAUCCUAUGCAGCGGGCAACCUCCGUCACGGAGAUCAGCCAAUUACCAGCCAAACAUAUGGACGCAUGACUCCAUACGGUCACUCACAAUCGACCACAAGAUGGAGGAGGAACAGUGUGCUGUAAGGAUAAACAAAUUAGAGGAGAGAGUUGUGAAACUGAUACAGGAGGAGAAGGAACUCGAGGUCCAACUUCAACUAAUCGAUCACCUACAACAGCUUGGUGUGGCAUAUCACUUUAAAGACGAUAUUAAGGAUUCUUUAAGGAGCAUUCAUGGAUCCCUGGAAGACAAAAGCAUGCUGCUGAAGGAGAAUCUCCAUGCAACAGCACUUCUCUUUAGGCUUCUCAGAGAAAAUGGUUUCGAUGUUUCUGAAGAUAUGUUCCGCAGAUUCAAAGAUGAGAAGGGCCACUUCAAAGCUUGCCUCCAGCAUCAGACAAAAGGAAUGCUGAGCUUGUACGAGGCUUCCUACCUUGAAAAGGAAGGGGAGCUUGUCCUGAGCCAAGCUAUGGACUUCACGACUAAGCACCUCAAGAAGCUCGUGGAACAGGGAUCACUGGAGCCUCCUCUCAGAGAGCAGGUGGCCUAUGCCUUGGAGCUUCCACUGCAUUGGCGGAUGCAUAGGUUACACACCAGGUGGUUCAUAUAUGCGUACCAGAGGGAUGCCACCAUGAACCCUCUGCUACUUGAAUUGGCUAAGCUGGACUUCAACAUGGUUCAGGGCAUAUAUAAGAGAGAACUCAGUGAAGCCUCAAGAUGGUGGACCGAUAUCGGCCUUGCAAACAGGCUGCCAUUCUUCAGAGACAGAUUGGUGGAGAACUAUCUCUGGACCGUCGGCUGGGCUUUCGAACCACAAUUUUCGAGUUACAGGGAGAUCCAAACAAAGGCAAACUGCUUUAUAACGAUGAUCGACGAUGUUUAUGAUGUCUAUGGUACCUUGGACGAACUCGAGCUCUUCACUGAUGCUGUUGACAGAUGGGACAUUAAUGCGAUCGACAAGUUUCCGGAGUACAUGAAGAUGUGUUUUCUAGCAGUCUUCAACACUACAAAUGAAGCAGCUUUUAGAAUCACGAAAGAGAAGGGCUUGGACAUAUUACCCUACCUAAAGAGAGCAUGGGGAGAUCUAUGCAAAGCAUACUUGGUGGAAGCAAAAUGGUACCAGCGGGGCCACGUACCCAAGCUAAGUGACUACUUGGACAACGCAUGGAUGUCGAUAUCAUGCCACAUGUCUCUGACUCAUGCUUUUUGCAUGAGCGAAGACUUAACUCAAGAUGCCUUGGAAAGCUUCCGGAGUUACCCAGAAAUCACACGGCCGUCGUGCAUGCUUCUGCGGCUUUACAAUGAUUUGGCUACCUCGACGGCUGAGCUGCAAAGAGGCGACGUCGCAAAAGCCCUGCAGUGUUGCAUGCAUGAAAAAGAUGUUUCAGAGAGUGCAGCACGUGAACACGUCGGGGGUCUUAUCAGAGCCAAUUGGCGAGCACUAAAUGGGAACCAUCCUCGGAACUGCUUCACGACUGUGGCCAGUAACACCCCUCGAGUGUCCCAGUUCAUGUAUGGAAAUGGGGAUGGAUAUGGCAUACCUGGCGGAGAGACCAAGAACCAAGUCAUGGCGUUGCUGAUGGAACCAAUUAUGUUUUAGAGACAUCAUCUUGGAGUCGGAAUGUAUUUGAGGUUUCCUUAUACGUCUGCUGUCAAAGUUUGCUUCUAAUAAGGAUGACUAUUGUGCUAGGAUUAA